AAUGUUUGCUGGGAUUGGCUCCAGCGCUCCCCCGCGACCCUUAAAUGGAUAAAGCGGUAGACGAUGAAUGAAUGAAUGAUAAAGGAGAGGAUAGGAGAGAGGGACUAAAGGAGAGACUAUUCAAAUCAAUUUUUUUUUUAAAGUUAGUAGACACAACGACUGGGUAUCACAAGCAGACAUCAUGACAAAUGAAGUGCGGAGUAGAAGCUGAAGACAGAGGAAGGCAUGGGGUCACAGACAGUGUGUUGCCAUCAUAGUAUCACACAGCCAGUUGUAGCCCACAGGAGGAGGAGGAGGAAACUCAACCUCAGUGGACAUGUUGACACCAUUAACCUGCCUCUGUCUGUGGCUUUUUCCAAAGCUAUUCUAUAAUGUGAGCAGGGAUUGGCACCAUGGCGUGACAGCUGACUAACUCGAGCUUCCUGGCAGUUGUCUCCCGGAGUUUGUCUUCCCUUCAUAUUAAGUUUUGUGGUGCUGCAGGGAAUCAUCGACUGUCAAUGGAUAUGUCGAAUGACUCGAAGGCCCGUGGUAGCCUGUGGUGUAGCUUUUGGUGUAAAUUGAUACAGGGCAAUGUCAGGCGCACUGGUAGGAACGACAUUGGCCAGUUUUAACCUUCACUGCUCCUUCGUCAAAUCAGUUUAUCAGGAAAAGAAACGUGCAACGGAAUGAUAAGAGAUAGAGACAGAGAAACACUUGCCUACGCUUGUGAUAUGAACGCGUUUGUGUGUGUGUUUGACCUGCCUUGGGGUGACAUUGUUGUUACAUGAGGUCCCAUUUUACGCAAAUUGUCGUAUUUAAGUACGUGUUUAAUCACGUGUCUGUGUGUGUCCAGAAGUGUGUGUGUGCGCAUGCCUGUAUUAAAAGGGGAGUUUCAGGUAUAAAAGGCUUUUCCAGAAAAUUUGUCCUGUUUCUAACCAUUGUUUGUGUGUAUAUAUGUGUGUGUGUAUAUGUGAGAGAGAGAGAGGGUGAGGGAGAACCAGGGUCUGUGUUUGGGACUGGACCAUAACUGAGUGGCCAAAAUUUCGAGGGGGAAGAAAAAUCGAGUGGUCUGGACCUCCAUUGAUUUAGGAGAGCGGCCUCCCAUCACACCGGCAACCAUGAGUAAAACGGAUUCUUACAAUAUGUUCGAGAUGGACGGAGAGAUGGAAAAGAAGAAGAAGAAAAAGAUAAAGAAAAAGGAGAAACUGGAGGGCAUGAAGAAAGAAAUGGAUAUAGACGACCACGAGAUCACAAUAGACGAGCUGGAGAUGAGAUAUAACACGAGCGUUACCAAGGGCAUGACCUCCACCUUUGCCCAGCAGAUCUUGGAGAGAGAUGGUCCUAAUGAACUGAAGCCUCCAAAAGGAACCCCAGAAUAUGUGAAGUUUGCCAGACAGCUGGCUGGAGGGCUGCAGUGUCUGAUGUGGGUCGCAGCUGUCAUCUGCUUCAUUGCCUUCGGGAUUGAACUUAGUAGAGGGAACCUCACCUGCUUUGACGAUCUCUACUUGGCCAUCACUCUGAUUGCUGUCGUUGUGGUUACUGGAUGCUUUGGAUACUACCAAGAGUUCAAGAGUACCAACAUCAUCGCCAGCUUCAAGAAUCUGGUGCCACAGCAAGCUGUUGUGAUCCGUGAUGGAAAGAAAAAUCAGAUCAACGCCUACCAACUGGUGGUGGGGGAUUUGGUGGAGAUCAAAGGGGGCGACAGAGUCCCAGCCGAUAUCCGCAUCAUCACUAGUCAGGCUUGCAAGGUGGACAACUCAUCCUUGACAGGCGAGUCUGAACCUCAGACCAGGAGUCCAGAAUGUACUCAUGAGAAUCCACUGGAGACCAGGAACAUUGCUUUCUUCUCUACCACCUGUCUGGAAGGUAUAGCAACUGGCAUGAUCAUUAACACGGGUGAUCGCACAAUCAUCGGUCGGAUCGCCAGCUUGGCGAGCGGCGUCGGCAACGAGAAGACCCCCAUUGCAAUAGAAAUCGAGCACUUUGUGGACAUCAUUGCUGGUCUUGCAAUCUUUUUCGGGUUUACCUUCUUCGUGGUUGCCAUGUUCAUCGGAUACGCCUUCCUGGAAGCCACGAUCUUCUUCAUGGCUAUCGUGGUGGCCUAUGUGCCAGAGGGGCUGCUGGCCACAGUUACUGUGUGUCUAUCUCUGACUGCUAAACGACUUGCCAGGAAGAACUGUGUUGUGAAGAACCUGGAGGCUGUGGAGACAUUAGGCUCCACUUCAGUGAUCUGCUCUGAUAAGACGGGCACGCUGACCCAGAACAGAAUGACUGUCGCUCACCUCUGGUUCGACAACCACAUCCACGCUGCUGACACCACCGAAGAUCAGUCAGGGCAAAGUUUUGACCAGUCUUCUGAGACAUGGCGUUCACUGGCGAGAGUGGCCACCCUGUGCAACAGAGCUACGUUCAGACCCGAUCAAGAAGGCAUACCUAUUCCUAGGAGACUCGUGGUGGGAGAUGCAUCAGAGACAGCUCUGCUGAAGUUCACAGAGCUCACUGUAGGGAACAUCAUGGACUACCGCAAUCGCUUCAAGAAAGUGGUGGAAGUGCCCUUUAACUCCACCAACAAGUUCCAACUGUCUGUUCACGAGCUGGAGGAUCCACUGGACCUACGCUACCUGUUGGUGAUGAAGGGAGCACCGGAGCGGAUCCUCGAGCGCUGCUCCACAAUUUUGAUAAAAGGCCAGGAGCUGCCUCUGGAUGAGCAGUGGAGUGAAGCUUUUCAGACUGCUUACAUGGACCUGGGAGGACUGGGAGAGAGAGUACUGGGUUUCUGUCACAUUUAUCUUAAUGAGAAAGAGUUUCCUCGUGGCUAUCGAUUUGAUCCUGAUGAGAUGAAUUUCACUACGUCCGGAUUGUGCUUCGCUGGUCUCAUCUCAAUGAUUGACCCCCCGAGAGCCACUGUACCCGAUGCAGUGAUGAAAUGUCGUACCGCUGGCAUCAGGGUUGUCAUGGUGACGGGAGACCAUCCAAUUACAGCGAGGGCAAUUGCAGCUAAUGUCGGCAUCAUCACAGAAGGCAGUGAAACCGUGGAAGACAUUGCAGAGAGGAAGCGCAUACCAGUCGAACAAGUCAACAAGAGGGACGCCCGAGCCUGUGUGAUCAGCGGGGGUCAGCUAAAAGAUAUGAGCAGUGAUGAGUUGGAUGACGCACUGCGGAACCACCCCGAGAUGGUGUUUGCAAGAACAUCACCACAGCAGAAACUGAUUAUUGUGGAGAGUUGUCAGCGUCUGGGCUCUAUCGUGGCCGUAACAGGCGAUGGCGUGAACGACUCACCGGCUCUGAAGAAGGCUGACAUUGGCAUUGCCAUGGGGAUCGCUGGGUCAGAUGCUGCCAAGAACGCUGCAGACAUGAUCCUGCUGGACGACAACUUCGCCUCUAUUGUCACUGGAGUGGAGCAGGGCCGUCUCAUCUUCGACAACCUCAAGAAAUCUAUUGCCUACACACUAACCAAAAACAUUCCUGAGCUGACUCCCUAUCUGAUCUACAUCACCGUCAGCGUGCCGCUUCCUCUGGGCUGCAUCACCAUUCUCUUCAUCGAACUGGCCACCGACAUCUACCCCUCUGUUUCUCUGGCUUAUGAGAAAGCCGAGAGUGACAUCAUGCACCUGAAGCCCAGGAACCCUCGUCGGGAUCGCCUGGUAAACGAAGCCCUGGCUGUGUACUCGUACUUCCAGAUAGGAGCCAUCCAGUCUUUCGCAGGUUUUACAGAUUAUUUCACAGCGAUGGCCCAGGAGGGCUGGUUUCCGCUCUUGUGCAUCGGCCUGCGCUCCCAGUGGGAGGACGUUCACCUCCAAGACUUACAGGACAGCUAUGGGCAAGAAUGGACGUUCAGUCAGAGGCUGUACCAGGAGUACACGUGCUACACUGUAUUUUUCGUCAGUAUAGAGAUCUGUCAGAUCUCUGAUGUGCUGAUCAGAAAAACCAGACGUCUCUCUGUGUUCCAGCAAGGCUUCUUCAGGAACCGUGUCCUGGUUAGUGCCAUAGUCUUCCAGCUCUUACUUGGUAAUCUGCUUUGUUACUGCCCGGGGAUGCCCAAUAUCUUCAAUUUCAUGCCCAUCAGGGUCCAGUGGUGGUUUGUUCCUGUUCCAUAUGGUAUUUUAAUCUUUGUCUAUGAUGAGAUCAGGAAGUUAGGAGUCAGAAGAUAUCCAGGAAGUUGGUGGGAUCAGGAGUUAUACUACUGAGACCAGAGAUGCCCUUUCACUCACCCUUCCAUCCAUAUGCAUGAGAGCAUCACUCAUAAACAGAGUGCCGCAAACCCGGAUGGUCUGACCUAAUUUAUAGUUCAUCUAUUUUACUUUGUAAUCUAUAUAUUUGUAGAUUAUCCUGUCUUUUAAUAUCAAUUAAGAGUCUGCCUAAAUCGUUUUAAUAACCUAUAAAAACGUUAAUCAAUACUGAAAGUCACUGUUGAAUAAGUCACACAGAUUUGAUGUGUUCAAGCUCUUUGACCGUGGCUGCAUUGUAUUUGUACUAAUAAAGAAUUUUAAGACCAA